AGAAUCCAUCAUGGUUUUGUUGUUUUGUAGUGUUUACGUUUUUAUUGAUGCGCUAAAAUAUAGUGUAGAAAAUGUAUUCAACGCCGUCCGUGUCGAUGCUGUUGGCGUGUUGUUGAAAACGUCCGAGUAAAGUGCGCGGGCCCCCGCUAUGUACUCCAAAGGCAAAGGAUCGUCGGUGCCGUCCGACGCGCAGGCCAGAGAGAGGUUAGCCCUUUACGUUUACGAGUACCUAUUGCACACGGGCGCCUCCAAAGCGGCGCAAACAUUCCUCAGCGAGAUCCGCUGGGACAAAAACAUCACACUGGGAGAACCGCCGGGAUUCCUGAGCUCGUGGUGGUGCGUCUUUUGGGACCUGUAUUGUGCGGCGCCAGAGCGCCGUGACAACUGUGAACAUUCCAGUGAAGCCAAGACAUUCCACGACUAUGGAUUCGUCAACCCGACCAACUACAAUCCGGGGGGUGUCAACGGCAUAGGCCACAACACCGGCCCGUCUCCCGGACCCAUGGGUCCGAUGCCGCCCAACGAUUCCAUUCCCCCCGGACCGGGAAUGCCGCCAAACUUUUUCAAUAACUCCAACAUGAGGCCGUCGCCUACUCAUCCUGUGUCGCAGUCGAGUCCUCAUCCACCUCCAAACGCUCCUCACAAUCAAAUGAUGAACCAGCCUUUCAUGGGACCCAGGUACCCCGGCGGCCCGCGACCCGGCGUUCGUAUGCCACCUCAUAUGCCCAACGACUUCAGUGGCCCUAACCAGCCCAUGAUGAACAGCAUGGAUAUUAUGCGACCAGGACCGCCGGUCAUGAACCCGAGAAUGAAUUUAUCCCGAGGUGGUUAUGGUCCUCCCAUGCGAGGUAUGCCUCCCAGUAAUGUAAUGGGCCCGGGUCCAGGCCCUGGAAUGCAUCCAGGAAUGGGCAUGGGCCCUGUUGGCCGACCACAGUGGACUCCGGGUAAUCCAAAUCAUCCAAUGGGCUAUUCAUCUUCGUCCCCCGGCAAUUACCCACAAGGGCCUCCCGGUCCAGGUACUCCGUUAAUGACAAGUCCACAAGAUUCAAACUCUGGUGGUGAAAAUAUGUACACAAUGAUGAAGUCGGUGCCUGGUGGCAGUAUGCCUGGUGAGUUUUCUAUGGGUAAUCCCGACUCUGCUGGCCCAUUAGGUCCUAUGGGACCAAACUCAAUGGGCCCAGUGAUGAAUGGUGAUGGGAUUGAAGGAAUUAAACGUUCGCCACCAGACGGACCGAGCACACCGAGAGAUGACAGCGGAAGUGGCAUGGGAGACUACAACUUAGGAGGAUAUGGUGGACCUGUGGAUAAUGAUCAAAAUGAAUCUGCGGCAAUAUUGAAAAUUAAAGAAAGCAUGCAAGAGGAAGCUAAAAGGUUUGAAAAAGAUUCUGACCAUCCAGAGUACUACAUACCGUAAGUUGCACAUAUUCAGCGACUUAGCUCCUCUGGUAUUGAAAACAAUUUCUUGCCAAAAUGUAUGUACAUUUCAAAUAUUAUUAUUAUUAUUAUUAUUUAUCAAUUAAAGGUUUAAGAUUACUUAAUGUCAUUAUUGUAAAUAGUUUCCAGCGUAUCACAAAAAAACGCUAUCAAUUAUAUGUGCUUCUUGUAUUUUGUUAUUUCUUUUAUAGUGUUUUAAAACAUUUGUAUGAUUCAUUUGCUGUGUAAGUUUUUAUGAACUGAGUUUAGUUAUAAAACUAGUUAAAACGGCAUAUUUUAUAAAUAUCUGAUUGAGUUAUAGACAAAUUAAUAAAAACUCAUUGCAAGUUAUUCAAUUACAUUCAUUUGUUUUCAACUAAAAUUAUGUUGUCCCCAAAUAAAUUUUAAAAACUUGAUUUUAAAGUAUUUUUUUUGAGGAAAUAAUUAUUUAUUAUUUUAUUGUAGUUAUUAUUAUUAAAAAUGUGUACUAUAAGCUAUUUAAUAUUUAUUGAGAAUAUCCAAUUCGACUCUUAUUUUGGUAAUUUUAUUUCUAUAAAAAAAUCAUUUUUGUGGUGUUUUAUUGAAACACAUAACUGAUAAUAAUUUUGAAUUAUAUGUUAUUUUGUAUUAUGAAGUAGUAACGAAAAUGUUAAGCCGUAGUAAUUUUAUAACUUGCACUGUAUGUUUGAAACAACACUCGAUACCAUCGUUUUAUGUUAAUUGUAUAAGGGAAAUGGCCAGUGACAAAAUAUUUGUAAUAUUUAUUCAAUAUUUAUAGUUAUAUAUUUUUUAAAAAAAAAUUUGCUUAAAUCGAGUAUAAAAUUACUCUUUUGAAAUUACAAUAUAGUCGUGUAAGAUAAUAAUAUGCUUUAGCGUAGAAUGCUAGAUAGGUUGUAAUUUCUUAAAUGAGGAAAACAAAUUUUUCGAUUGAAGGCUACAAGGUAGGAGUGACCUUUGCAAACACAUAAUAUGUGUUCAAGCUUUCCUGAUAUUUCAGUAGUCCAUAUAAUUUUAAGUUGUGUUUGAAUCGUGUGUAGGACAACUAUUACGAUAUGAUAUUUAAUCAUCUUACUUCACAUACUAUUUCUUAAGUGUACAAUGUUUUCUUUAAUUGUACAUUGCUAAUUAACAUUUUACAAAUCAUUGAUUGUUUUUAUCAUUUUAUAUUACGUUUUACGAAAAGAACAAUACUGUAUAAUAACAUCAUUUUUUUU